CACUCACUGAGACAGGGUGUUUUCUCUCCUCUAUAUUCAGUGCUUUUUUUUUUCCUUUUCAGUUCAUGCUGUCUCCUCAGCAUGUUUUGGCACAGCCAGCCAGGUCAUGAUAGAGCUCCAGAAUCACUGUAAGGCUCUCAGAAGGGGACUGUUGAAUUUGACGGAUCAGAGUGAGAAGGGGAAUCAGUGCCUGAGGAGAGAAGAUUCCAAGUCAGAGGCAGCUACAACCACCUCCAAAAUGAAGAAUUUAACUUUGUGAUGCCUGCCUGGAAACACUUUUAACCCUUAUCCUUCCUACUGCUUUUGUAUUACAUUAAAUAGGACUACUUUGACUACUGUAAAAGUAUUGCUACUUUCAAGACGGUUAUGUUCAGCCAGCGAAACAUGUCUACAAAUUCAACGAUUGACCACUGCAAAGCACCCACUAAUGUCACAUACCAAAUCCUCUCCUGGGUGAUGGCUGGAGAGUUCGUGCUGGGUCUGCCGCUCAACCUGUCGGUCCUCUACAUCUUCAUCUUCAGGUUCAAAUUCUGGAAGAACAAAAGUGUCUUCCUGUUCAAUAUUGUGGUUGCUGACUUCUUGCUGGUGGCGUGUCUUCCUGCCAAGGUCUACCAUUACUAUCAUGGCCAGAGACGCAGCCCGAAUAAAGUGCUGUGCAAGACAAUGCUGUUUAUGCUGUUUCUCAACCGAGGGGCCAGCAUCGCCUUCCUCAUCACCCUCUCCCUCGACCGCUACUUCAACGUGGUACAUCUUGGGAGGAAGAAUUUUGUCAAGGUGCUGAAGAAAAGUCCUCAGAUCUCCAUCAUCAUAUGGCUCCUCUUGCUGCCCCUGACGAUCCCCACUAUGGUUAACACCUUUGAGUGUUGCAACAGCCACGGCCGCAAAGUCGAGACUUUUUCUCAUGAUGUGACAGACACCUUCAGAGAGGUGGUCUACUUCACCCAGAUCAUCAUCCCCUUCAUUAUCCUCAUCUACUGCACGGUGCGCAUCGUCCACCGGCUGAGGAGGAAGACAGUCGGGGAAAAGACAAAACUGAGGAGAGCUGUGUGCGUGGUCAUGUCUGUUGUCGUUGUCUUCUCCAUCUGUUUCCUGCCCAGCACCAUAGCCAGAGCGGUGCUGCUGGGUGUCAGGCUGAAGGAAAUGCAGACCACAGAAGACGUUGUGGUGCAGGUCUACGACAGCCUCAUGGUUUUGUCUUAUAUUGACUGCCUGCUGGACCCGCUGGUCUACUGCUUCUGCCACUCAGGGUUUAAAGAUGCUUACGUAUCCGUCUUCUGUCCCUCGUGUCUUCAGAAGAAACUGAAAAAUACUGACUUUGGUUUAGGAACGACAACAACGACGACGCUUUCUAAUUCUGGAGGCAGAAAAAUUUCGAUGCCGAUAUUAGAGACAUGAUUGGUCCACCCACACAGGUGCUUUCAGCUAACCUGAAAGAUUAGACUUUUCUCUGAAAGUGUUGACUGGAGUCCGCCCAUUGCCCCGCCUCCACCACAGAGUAACUCAUCUGUGGUUUUAACCAUCAUCUGAUCAAAAAAGCACUGAUAUAAAUGCAACUUGUGCUCAUGCUGGAGCUGUUUGUUUUUUUUGGGCGCAGAUGUUCCACUCUGUAUGCAUGCAUGCUUCUUUAUGUGUCAUCUGCUGAAAUAUUUCGCAUUGUAAUUCCCUUAAGUUUUUAAUAUCCUUCUAUUAGAGUUAGAGAGACUGUCUUUCAAACAUUUCAAGAACAAGUCAUUGCGAGUUAAAGUUUAAUGCUUUCGAUUGUUCACUGCACAUAAAUAACAGAAGAUAGGCGCAACAAAACAAAGUAGUCAGAGAACAAGUCAGGGAGGUGCCAGUCAAGACUGAAUAGAUGUAUAUACAGUCCUGUGGAAAUGGUUGGUCGGGGCUAGAACAUUAACAGGGACUAGAAGUAGGAAUCUCCACGCACCUCACAAUUCUGUUCCAAGGAUUCAAUUUAUUUUCCCUGUGUGUCUACUUGCUACUGUUAAAACAUAGUGUAUUUGUAAUGCUCCAUUAUUACAUUUAAACAGAUGAAUUUACUUACAAUAUCUUUUAUCAAUACAAGAUAAUGCAGCUUGUAUUAAGCUGUAGUAAUACUGCUUUUAAGCCAGACUGUGCCGGACGUAUUGUAUCCAUCUGCGGUUGCUCAAGCUCAGUCCUUCUGACCAAACCUAAAGAACUAGCCUAGCUGUGAACGCAAACACAACGCACUUGUUUUAUGUCUAUUACUAUUCACCGGCCAUUUGGUUUAGUCAGAAGGAUGGCACAGCCAGGCCUUACAAAAUUGUUACAGGUGAUCAUAAUGCCAAGCGUUGGGUUUUAAAUUUCCGGUUAUUGACUUUCCUGCACUGAGACUUGCAAUAAGGACACAAAAUGAGUAGCAUCCGCUUGUAAAAUGCUAGUAAAAUAUGCCAGUGGUUGCUAGAUUUGCGUCACUCACCAGCCAAAAAUUUGCACCCUGAUUGUGAUGCAUCUAAAUCGGCACCUCCAGCCAUUUAAAAGAGGGUAAGGUGGCAGAGGGAAAGCUGUCUCCAACAAGGAGGUAGAGAUAUGAAGCAAUUGCUGCACAAGUGCAUGUUCGCAGAUUCGUCUCUGCUGUGCUGAGUUCACUGUGUUGAGCUUCUGGUAGUUGCCGCCUGGAUUAGGCCGAUCAGAUAGAGGGCAUCACAGAGGCAGAAAGGAGACAAGAUGGAGGAGAUGAUAAUGUUGGUGUCUGAAUACCUGGAGUUACGGUGCUAGAAACUUGUAAGGAUAACCAGAAGAAAAACUGGGCCUGGGUUAGCAUUUGCACCAAACGUCAGGUGACUGGUAAAUUGUCCAAAUUGUCCCCCCCACACCCCUAGCAGGGACAUGUAAAAUAUUGAAAUACUGUCUGACUGGUCCACUCAUACAGUAUGGCUUCAUAUUAUGCGUCUGCUGCCUGAUUUAAUGUAAAAUGUAAUUUGCAAAAUCAUUUAUAAGGGUGUAACACAAUGAGCUAGAUGUAAAUUUACUUUUCAGCUGCAUGCUUUAAAUACUACAACUUAAAUAUAUAUUUUUAUAUCAUUUUUUACUUUAAUGUAUUUAGGCAUUUUAAAUUAUUUGGAUUUCAUUUAAACCAGGUGUUCAGAUGAUACAGCAUUUCCUUUGUGAUUAAAUUUUACUGCGUAUGAUGGCUGCUGCAACAACUGCAAAGUAGUACAGUACAGUAUAGACUGUACAGUGUUUGCAGAGCUCUCAUUCAUCACUCAGGAAACGCUAUAUCUCUAAGUUUAUCACCAGUACCUCAAACCAGUUGUACCUGUCCUCACUGUGAGACAUAUUGUGAACUUCAAACUGUUUUCUACCAUUAAUCAAAGAUGUAUAUAAACAUUUCAAUACCUCACAGUUGCUUCUUGCAGUUUUUGGAAGGCAUUUUGUUUUAGGGUUGUAUUCAUACUUCCCACCUACAAAUGUUGUGUAACUAAUUAUUCAUGUUGCUGCCUCUUAUAACGAGAGUAAACUGGCGUGUGUACAUUCUGGUGUUUAAAGGAGGUUAAAAAAUGAUGUCCAACAGUGUGGACUGCAGAAACCUGGGAGGAAACUGUCCUCAUUCACACUGUAAACAAUUCUGCAACAUUGAUUAUCAAAAUUGAAUCAUUUGUAUAAGACUCAACUACUAACUGCAGGUCUCUGUAUAUUGUUGCUGUAAAUAAACAGAGCACAGAUGAUACGGUUAC